AUGAAGUUCUCCCCGGUGCUGUGGGGCUGGGUUCUAUCCAGCGUUGCUCAAUAUGCAGCAGCCGCAGCCAUCACAACCGAACAUGGCAAACCAAACACCACCACCAUCCAUGAGCGUGGCCAUAACCAGAACGUCGAUACCUUCAGGGUCGUUUCUACCAGUCUUUCCACUAGCACACUCCCCCCCGGUGCUCGGACUGCCACCGAGACUUGUAUCACUUACACCUCGGCGAUCACACACACAAUCAUUCGAAGUACGAGUGAUGGCACCGUCAUCGCAACUACUAUCAAUGGGCAGCUCCCGGGAACUGCAACUGGCAUCGCAACUACCAACGUACCCGGAUCUGGCACUGGCGGUGCAGGUAGCACUGGCACCAAUCCCGGUGCUGCAGAUGGACCUUCCAGUGGUUCUAAAUCAAGCCACAGUCAAGGAGGCAACAAUCCGGACAGCCCUGACCCUGGUACUACGGGUAGUGAACCUGGCAAGACCACCAUAGCUGGAGCAGCCCCCUUUGACAUCGUCACAACCUCAACAGACAAGCAAGGCAAUGUUAUUCCUAUAACCUUCCCCGCAGGGUCUGUCCCGACGACAACCGAUGCCCAGGGCCAUGUCGUUCCUGAUCCGGCAGCUGUUCAAACCUUCACCACAACCACCGAUUCCCAAGGGAAUGUCAUUGGGGCUAUUCCAGGAGGUGGUCCCGAUGCGCAGGAUCCGCUUACAACUAUAGACACACCUGGUGGAGCAGGAACAAUCACGACCACUACCCAAGGGGUUCAUACAGCUGAGACGUUCCCUGGCGGCGGCAUCGCCAAUCCGACUGCAGGUACUACACAGGGCAAUCAAGGAACUAUCCCUGGUGGCAUCAGUCCGGACCCGGCUACAACAAGGGCUCCUCUUCCUGAAGGUCUCAAUCCCACGGUAACUGCCAUUUCAUUCACCAUGUCCUCCCUUUCAUCGGAGUUUAGAGAUCUGCUUCCAUUGUUCACCUCGUGGGAACUGGAUCCACAGCCACCACUCGAGACGAAAAUCAUUAAGAGGAUCAAGAAGAUUGAGGUCGAUAUCGAGGACUUUGCCAAAAAUUUCAGCAAGAAGAUACUCCCCGGGUGUCCUUCUAAGAGGAAACGGGGGCUAUUCGACGGUCUGUUCAAUAUAGUUGCCAAUGUGGCUGCCAAUGUCAUCGACGUAGUUAUUGAUGCGUUGAACUGCAUUACGCUCAGCCUGAAGAAGCUGGAGGACAAUGUUACAAAGAAGAAAUUCAAACUGGUCAAGGAUAUCCUUACGGAGUUGAUCAAGAUUGACGAUCCAAAGGACGAUCCAACUAAGCCAGAGUCCACCAAGACUACAACAUCCAGCUCCUCCUGCACUUCUGAUCAAACGGCCCACCAUGUCACUAUCCGCUGCAAAACAACCUCGAGUGUUGUUGGCAAGUCCACGGUCACAACCACCACCUGCUCGCCAUCAACCACCAUCACAACAACAGGAUGCACCGUCACAGACACCACCACAACCGUCACCGAGACCGCCACCCCAUCGCCAAUUAUCUGCGAGCGAGGUUCAUGUCCCGGUGACGUAUGCGACAACGACAAUGCAGUAAGUGGUACGCCCGGCUGGCUAACUGUCGAGCCGCUGAACUGUCAAGAUAUCCCAACCGAAACGGCCAAACCAGCAGCAACCAAGAGGAAUGCCCUGGAUGAGCGUGAUGACCCAACGACGACAUCAACGGCUACUGCCACUACAGGUACUACGAAACCCCUCCCCAGCAUUCCCGCCGGUGAUAUAAACCAAUAUCUGAGCUUCAUGGGAGGCCAGCUAAACGCAAAACGACUAUGGCUGAACCACCAGGCCGGCCAUGCAACAGGCAAAUGGUAUCCCUUCGAGCAGACAAGGAUGGUCUCCGGCGUAAAGGGACUCUGGGGGUGCACGUCUGUGGUGAUUGUAUCCCGAAAAGGCUACUACCUGUCGCAUAUGUAUGAGGGACCGGUCUUCAUAGAGCGAGAUGAAAAAACUAAAAAGAUUGUUUUGUCUCCGGAGGCCUUCUUUGAGAGGUGGACCAUCAACGCCCUCAUGAACGGUGACUCUGAGUCUAAGCAGCUGGACCCGAUCAAGGACUUGAUUGGGACUGAUGAGAACCCCGGGCCGCUGCAUUACACCCUGUCGCCUGAGAUCUUCAUCAUGUCGCCGUAUGCAAGAGGUACUUCGGGGCCUUUGAGAUAUAUCAAGCGGAUUGACUGGCUGGCAGACCAGAUUCACAGCCAUUUAUACCCGCAGCCCAAGGCUGAUGUGUAUGGUCAGGAGCCUGUGCUGGUAGGGUAUGAAGUAACAAGCUUGGAGGUAGCGGGUAACCCAACUGCCCCUCCGGGCAAGAUCAUUGCGGAAGCCUCAUUGCUAGACCAUUGGGUCCAGGAAGGGGAUAAAAUGGUAGCGUCUGGCCGCUGGCGGAUGUGGGUUGGUGGAAAAGAGACUGGCAAUAUGGAGUUUUUGGUCCGCGACCCUCACCCUGAUACUGCUAUGGGUGGUACCGAUGCACGCGUGAAGAUACGGGACAAUGGCCAGAAAGCUGCAGUAUGCCCUACUCCAAGCGUCACAGCAAGCCAUAGCUCUACGACAACCAGCAAGACCUCGACAUCAACAACAAAAGGCCCUACAACAUUAACCACCAAGACAAAGACAAGCUCCACUUCAACCUCUACGACAACAAGAGAUAAAGAUACCCCCACGAAUGGCCCAUCCUUGAUCACACCUUCAGGGUGCAGAGACGACCACAUCUACCGGCCAACAGUAACCGCAGAUCCAGAAUUCGCCAAAAAGGUGGCCAAGAUGUGCUCUGACAAAGUUCCGGCCGAUGCCACCAACGCCGAUGGCGACUACAGCUCUGCGUACUCAUGGUAUGUAGGCAAAGACGACGAGGGACUCUCCUAUAUGGCAGACAUCUGGUGGGACCCUCCCAAGCAGUGUGGGAUGAUGCAGACCCUCCUGAAGCCAAUGGAGGGCUGGAACUGCGAGAAGAUCAUGCGGGAGAACUUCAACAGAGCGUGUGAGAAGGGGCUCCAGGCAGAUGAGAUUGGCCGUGGCCGGGGUGGGUUUAUCAAGAUUGGCUGUGUCUAUUAUCAGUCGUAUCUUUCGAAGAGGACUGGGGUCUUUCGACCAAGCUGGCCAGACAGGAACAUGAGCCCUGAGGUCUGGAAAAUUAACUCUUAG